AGAGUCAGCCAUGGAAGCUGCAAAGGGACUGGAGAUUUAUGAAAUCGGACCCUGUAAAGAUCCAUAUCAAAUGGGUUUCUCCAUUGGCAACCAUUUCUCCAAUCUCAUAAGAAGCAGACUCUCCAGAGACUCCAUUUUCAACCACCAACUUCUCCCUUUCUCUCAAACUCCACAAGCACAAUCCCUCCUCCACUCUCUCUCCCACAACAAUAACACCAAAUUCCCAGAUUACUGGAACGAAAUCCGAGGAAUGGCACAUGGAUCCGGCGUCCCCUUUCUUCAUAUUAUGAUUUUGAAUUUUCGAAAAGAGAUCCUCCCUUUCAUUCCGAAGUCGGAAAAAGUUGAAGAUGAAGAGACGAUCGAUGAUUGCUCCGAUAUUCUUGUUGUUAGUGAUUCAAUGGCGGUUGCUGCUCAUAAUGAGGAUGCUAACGUCGCUCUUGUCGGCCAUACAUAUCUGAUUAAAGCAACACUAUCUAAUGGACUAUCUUACACAGCUUACACCUAUGCCGGAGAGCUCCCGAGCUGCGCAUUUGGUUUCAAUAACCACGGUCUGGCAUUUACACUGAACUCGGUGCCGCCAAGCGAAUCGGAGAUUGUGGCAGGUGGGAUCGGGAGAAACUUCGUUUCUAGAGAUCUUCUUGAAGCAACAAGCAUCGAAGAUGCAGUUACCAGGAUUCGUUCAUCACAAGUUUCAGUUGGGCACAGCUAUAAUCUAAUAGAUGUAAAGCUACGGAGGAUCUUAAACGUCGAGACUGCAUCAAGUCAACGACUUUCACUUCAUGAAGUCGGGUCAACCCCUUUCUUCCAUGCCAAUAUGUACCUUCAUCUUGAAGUCAACCAGGCACACGAUCAGAACUCAAUAAGCCGACAAAACCGAGCAGCUUUGCUGCCAAAACGGUCGAAAGAUGACCUUCUUUCGCUCAUUGGAGACACAGCUGAUGAGGAGUAUCCUAUCUAUAUGCAAGGCCCGACUCUUUACACGCUAUGUACGGCUAUGAUCGACUUGGAUGAAAGAACGCUAGUGAUAACCGAAUCUAAUCCUAGAAAAGGCGAGGUUUUUUAUGUUUUCACGAUGGUUUAAGAAUCGGCAUUCAUAAUCCUUGAUCUAUUUAAUUAUGUCGACAAAUUUGUAAGGAAUUUAAGCAUAUUUUGAUAUUCAAAACGCCGAGCAGCAUGUAAAAUUGAUACAAGAAAUACAUGUAUUGAAACCGAAAAGACAUGAUACAAC